AUGUCGUCCACCAGCAACGCCUCCAUUGACAAGUUCAACGGAGACAAUUACGCAACGUGGAGCCGGUACAUGCGCGGUGUGUUUUUGACGAAGUCCGUCUGGCACGUCGUCAACCGUGAAGUGACUCCGACUUUCACCGACCCGCGAGCGUCCGAUGACUACGUCAAGGCAAGCAACGUCGCGUUUGGUAUGAUGCUGCUGCACAUGAACGCGGACUACCAUCAUGUGCUGGACAACUGCGAGGAAGCCUGGGUUGCGUGGACAAGUCUGAAGACGCUGUACGGUGGGUCGCAGAAGGCAGGACGCAUCUACCUCAAGCGACAACUUUUCAGUAUCAAGAUGGAUGAAGGCGCGAACGUCAUGCAUCACUGCAACGAGGUCCUCAACAUCUCCGCCAAGCUUAGCGGCAUCGGUGCGAAGAUGGAAGACGAAGACGUUGCAAUUUGUCUGCUACUCAGUCUUCCGAAGAGCUACGAAAAUGUGGUGCUCAACAUGAGCAGCACCGAGCUUCGCACUCAAGAUGUGGUGAGAGUCCUGACGAAUGAGCAUGCCAAGCGUCAAGGAGAAAAAGGGACAACGACAGCGACUACGGUGAAGGCUGAAGAUGCAAGCAAGGCAUUCAGCGCCGAGCGUGAGCCCUACCAAUGCACGUAUUGUGGCAAGGUGGGACACACGGUGGAUCGUUGCUGGACAAAGCAGAAGAACGAAGGUCGGGGAGCCCGACGCGGCGGCAAUGGUCGUGGACGCGGGGCUAACAAUGUCCAGUGGGGACAUCAUGAUGAAGGCAAUGGCUACGAUCGAGUGGCGUUUGCAGUCUGUUGGUGA